CCGCCGCCGCCGCUGCCGCCCGGGGGCCGCGGGAGCGCUGGGCGGUGCCGGGCGCGAUCAGGCCCAGGCUGGUUUCGGAUCCGGCGUGAGACAGGUAUCUAGGCUGUCAAGAUGCCAGGGCCAAGACCUCGGAAACCUCAGGCCAGUGGCCAGGGUGUGGCAGCUGCAAAGCAGCUGGGACUCUUUGUGGAGUUCAGCCCUGAGGACAUGCUGCUGGGGAUGGAGGAGACUGAAGAUGACGGAGACCUGGAGGCUGAACUGCUGGCCCUCACUGGGGAAGCAGGGGCUGCAGGCAGGAAGCCAACACCCAAGGGGCAGGCCCCCCUGCCCAUGGCCCACAUCGAGAAGUUGGCUGCAGACUGUAUGCGGGAUGUGGAGGAAGAGGAGGAGGAAGGGCUGGAGGAGGAUGCAGACUUGCUGACUGAGCUGCAGGAGGUCCUGGGUGCAGAUGAGGAGGCUGGGCCCCUGGAUGGUGAUAAGACAGCUAACCCAGGUGGCUCUGAAGAGAAGGGACAGGAAAACAUUGAAGCUCCAGGGCAGACAGCUCUACUAACAGCUUCAGUCCCAGCAGCUCAGGCUGGAGGGCCUCGGGGGCUGCAGGCUCUACUGGAGGAUCGGAUCCACAACUACCGGGAGGCUGCGGCCAGUGCCAAGGAGGCAGGUGAAGCAGCCAAAGCCAGGCGCUGUGAGCGUGGCCUGAAGACUCUGGAGGCUCAGCUGGCUGCUGUGAGGAAAGGCAGGAAGAUCAGUGAGGAUGAGAUUCCACCUCCAGUGGCCUUGGGCAAGAGACAGCCGGCCCCCCAGGAAACAACUGACAGGAACCCUGAGGCAGAUGCCCCGGCUCCCUUCACCAUGGAGUCAGACAAGCCCUCCCAGCCAGAGACAAGCCUCUUGGGCAGUCCUGGCAUUUUUGCCACACCCGAUUCAGACCCAGACCCACAGGCCCUGUUGUCGGCUCGACAGAGAGAGUACAAAUUGGCUGCCCUGAAUGCCAAGCGGGCUGGAGACCUAGACCAUGCCCGAGAGCUCAUGAGGAUCGGGAAGAGGUUUGGUGCAGUCCUGGAGGCCCUGGAGAAGGGGCAGCCUGUGGACCUGAGUGCCAUGCCCCCGGCUCUGGAGGAUCUGAAGCCCCUUCCAAAGGCUUCCGAGGCUCUCACAGCACCCUCAGUUGUACCCCCAGCAGUGGAACGAGUGCAGCCAUUGAUGGCCUCUGACACUCCGGCAGCCCCAGUGGUCCCUGCUGAGCCACAGACGGUGCUGGAUGCCCUGCAGCAGAGACUGAACAAGUACCAUGAGGCAGGCAUCCAGGCCCGGGGCAGUGGGAACGAGCGCAAGGCACGGAUGCAUGAGCGCAUUGCCAAGCAAUACCAAGAUGCCAUUCGAGCACACCGGGCAGGACGGAGAGUUGACUUUGCUGAGUUGCCUGUUCCUCCAGGAUUCCCCCCCAUUCCCGGCCUGGAGCCCACUACAGGCACUGAGGAGGAUGCAGUGGCAGCUACUCUAGCAGCUGCCCAGAAACUGGCUUCCGUGGAGGAGACAGCCCCGGCAGAGGAAAAUGAGGAUGAGGAUGAGCCUCCAGCCCAGGCCCCAGUGGCCAAGAAGCCAGCGAAACCUGUGGUCCCUUCGUUCCGGGCCCUGCCUGAAUCCAAGGCCUCGAGCUCUAAGGAGUCGCUGAGCCCCUCUGCACGGGAGCAGCUGGUAUUGCUAGAGGCACGGAAACUGCAGUACCAGCGGGCAGCCCUGCAGGCCAAGCGUGGCCAGGACCUGGAGCAGGCCAAAGCCCAUCUGCGGGUGGCCAAAUGCCUUGAGGCUCAGAUCACCCAGGUGCGAGCUGGCCGACCUGUGGAUCUCUCCAAGGUGCCUUCACCCUUGACGGAUGAGGAGGGUGACUUUAUCCUCAUUCACCAUGAGGACCUGCGACUCUCCCAGAAGGCUGAGGAGGUGUAUGCCCAGCUACAAAAAAUGCUUCUGGAGCAACAUGAGAAGUGUCUGCUAUUCUCCAAGCAGUUCAUGCACCAGGGCAAUGUGGCUGAGACUACCAGGUUUGAGAAUCUCGCUCAGGACCGCAAGAAGCAGCUUGAGAUCCUGCAGCUGGCCCAGGCCCAGGGCCUUGACCCUCCCAGCCAUCACUUUGAGUUGAAGACAUUCCAGACUGUGAGGAUCUUCUCAGAACUCAACAGCACAGAAAUGCAUCUGAUCAUUGUCCGGGGAAUGAACCUCCCGGCCCCUUCAGGGGUGACUCCUGAUGACUUGGAUGCUUUUGUGCGGUUUGAGUUCCACUACCCUAACUCGGACCAGGCUCAAAAAAGCAAAACAGCUGUGGUGAAGAACACAAACUCUCCAGAAUUUGAUCAGCUCUUCAAACUAAACAUCAACCGAAACCACCGGGGUUUCAGAAGGGUGAUCCAAAGCAAAGGAAUCAAGUUUGAAAUCUUCCACAAAGGAUCCUUCUUCAGAAGUGACAAGCUGGUUGGCACAGCCCACCUGAAGCUGGAGCGGCUGGAGAAUGAGUGUGAGAUCAGAGAGAUUGUGGAGGUCCUGGACGGAAGGAAGCCCACUGGGGGCAAGCUCGAGGUGAAGGUGAGGCUGCGGGAGCCUCUGAGCGGCCAGGAUGUGCAGAUGGUCACUGAGAACUGGCUGGUCCUGGAGCCCAGGGGCCUGUAAGGAGACAGUCAGUAUUGGGAGAGGAAGCAGGCCAGCGACUGUGUGCGGGAGCAUAUUUUUCCCAGCUUUGCUGGCUACAGAAGCCUUUGUACGUAAGCAAGAUGCUGCUACACAAGCACCAAAGAUCCGUGAAGUAUGUGCAUUAUGACCACACAGCCCUGGUCUUUCCUGUUGCUGGCCCCUCUCUGGGCCUCCACCAAAGCAGGCUGGAUUCCAGGAGUCCCCUCCCCUUCAACUGCCUCCCUCUCCCGCUGGGCGGAGGCAAAGAUAGCCUCCUUGCUCUGUGCCAUGGAGUCUUCCAGCCCCUUAACCCUUGUGUAGCAACUGUGUGUAGCUUACCCCAGCCCCCAGUUGCAAUAUUUCUGGAUGUGCCUUUAAAAGAUCUAACUAAGGGAUGGGAGAACUUGAGGGUGAUCGGGACCCCCCACCCCCGCGUAAGGUGGGGGCAGGGUUCCGUGACUCCACCUGGUCCGUGGCAGCCUAUCCCACACAACUCAGCUUACCCCAGCUGUGCCUGUGCCUUGGUUCCUCACUGCUGCUGCACUAGCCUCCCUGCUUGCGGAAGCGCUCAGUGGAGGAGGGAAGCUACGUUCAGGAAUGUGUGCUGGGAAGUAAGGGCAAGGUUGUGUUGGGUUUGGUCCAUGCACCUAAGACUAAACGACUGUUAACUGGAAGAAAAAAAAAGAAUAUAUAAAUAAUUUUAUGUAGCCGUUUUUAUUUAAGAAACUAGAUCUAAUUUAUUAGAGGGGUUUUACACUCCAUAUGCAGAGUAACGACCAAAGUCCUGAAUAAAAGCCCUGUUCCCUGUCACUUUUAAAAGCCAGAGUGGCAGUAACAUCUGUUAAUGGACAGGAACCGCCGCUACAGCUCCGCUUUUGCGAAAGGGCAAGGGGAAGCCUUAUGUCUUCUGGUGAUCACCUAGAGCGAUCCCUAGUUCCUUCCCAAGAAAUUCUCCUUUGGCUUCUUCUGAAUGGAUGGAGACCCUGGAGGGAUUUAUAGUUACAAUAGAUUGAGGUUUAAUAAUCAAAACGGCAAUAGUCUACAUUUCUUAGAAAUAAACUUUAACAUUUUUUUUUCCUUUUUUGAAGCAUUAGGUUCAACAAAGCAUUCCUCAAGAUUUUUUAAAGGCUAGGAGUGAAGCAAAUACACUCAGCUUACUGGUCACUAUAGUACUGCAUAAGCACAGCUCAGGGAUUGAGCUUUGUGUGUCUUUCCAGGAUAGGGCUGGACCAUGCUUCCUGCCCUUAAGAGCAGAGCUGUUCAUGGGUAACAGAACAGGAAUGACAAAUGACUUUUUUUCUAAAAGUUUUCUGGCCAGUCUUACCUAUCAAUCAGUGAACUACCAAAAUUUCCACAGAUGUGAGAGCUAACACUUAAUCGCAGUCAUAUCUGUGUGUCAGACAAGCAGUAAUCUAGAAUGAAAAGGAGCGUUGUUACUAGCCUUUAUAAGGUGGCCUAGAGCAAAGAGGGGUGGGUCAGGAGGGUUCCUGCCCUAACCUAGUCUUCCCCUAAGGGUUUACACCCCACCCCAUGCUUACUGAGGGUGGGACAGACAGCUGUGAUUAUCCUCAGAGGUUCCAGCCAGCCUUAGUUUUUAAACUCAGACCUCUGCUGGAAAUGCCCUAUUCCAAUUUGAUAGUUUCCUGUGCCUCAAAGAUUGCCCUUCACAACCUGUUCAACUUCAGUCUGUUUACUACCCUUUGCUUUUGGAAAACAGAACCUCCAGGCUGAGAAAGGCAAGACAAAGCCGCCCACUGGACUUGGAAACAGAUUCUUAAAAGGCCUUUGUUGCAGCCAAAGCAUGCAGGGGUCACGUCUAGUGGGAGGAGCCUGCCCAGCCUCCUUGUCCUAAGAUCUGUCCUAAUGCAGCAACCAGACAUCAGAGAUCUGUGACUCAUGGGCAGUUGGGAACAGGUCACAACCCAAAUAACUUCACAUUUUAAAUUCUCUCUUCCUAGUGCAAGACAUACAUACAUUCUUCAGAAUUUGUGAACUGAAUAAAAUACAGGAGAAAUUUA